AUGCACGAGGCAGAAGGAGACAGUGGAGGUGCUGGCCAUCAACUUCUUGCCGUCUAUAAGGUAUUCUCACCAAGCCCGCCAGCUCCUUCUUGCACCUGUGUGGAUGGCUCCAUCCCUAUAAUGACAGCUCCGGAGGCCUACUUAGCCAGCACCAGUGCAUCCAACCACUGCAGCCUGGUUCUCCGCGAUCAAGGCCAGCAAGGCGGUCUACAAAGAGCCUCGGCGAGCUGCAGACUUGCCGCUUGUGUUGCAACAGUUCAAGCAACAGAUCGAUCAGGACACGGCGGCGCUUGCCCAGCGCAAAUCAACAGCGCUGCAGCAAAGCCAGACCACUGGGGCCGCUUAGACAUAGGGGACAGCUACUGCAGAUGUGUGGUAGUGUGUGGUGUCCCGUACGCCUCCCUCAAGGACCCGCGGGUGCAGCUUAAGCGGCUCUUUUUAGACGAGCAGCGGGUGGCCGCAGACGCAAAUUUGGCUUGCCCUUCAGGCAGCGAAUGGUAUCGGCAAGAAGCAAUGCGAGCUGUCAAUCAGGCAGCAGGGCGCAUUUGUCGCCACAACAAAGACUUUGGGCUUGUAGUCCUAGCAGACGCGCGAUUCGCGCAGAAUGUUCUGCAACGAGACCUCUCAGCUUGGCUGCGAGCGUCACUCUCGCGCCCUCUGGAGUUGCGCGCAGCAGUGAAUGUAGCUAAAGACUUCUUUGCUGCUCUUCCUGCAUCCUUGAAGGAUGAUGCAAGCUCCAGGACGUUAAGGGAGGCCGGCGUACCGCUGCCGGCGGCUGCAUUUUCUUGGGACGAUCUGGAAGAGACGGGGGGUAUACCUCUGUCCCUGCAAGCCUUAGGAUCAUUUGCCGCAGCAACAAGGCGGCAGCCAAGCGCUGCUCUUGGUGCGGCCGUUGCAGGUAAUGGUAGUACUGGAGGUGCUCGUGCGGCUGCUGGAUGCCCCCUUGCUUCUCAGCAAGCGGCACAGCAGAGUACUACUAGCGUGCAUGAGAAGGACCACGCUGAUGUCGGUGCAUCCAUCCGCAGCACCAACAGCUGCGAGACUGCGGAAUCUCAAGUCGCUGCAGCCUCAAGCCGUCGGCUGCUCGUGUUACAGGGCUCUCGGCCCCUCAAAAAGCGGGCGUUGUUCUCACAGGCAAAAGGCGCAGCCUCAGCAUCCCUUGUGUCACUAACGAAUGCCGUCAUUGGAUUUGGCCCUGGUGCGAAAGCUCCCGAUGGCGGUCCUCCCACAGCAGCAGCGAAAGCUGCUGCUUCACCACCAGAACAACAGCGCCAGCAGCAGCUGAUGCCUGUGCUACACGCCCCCCCCCAGCGGCAGGCCAGCGACUCCAGCCCAAACGAUGAGGCAUGUGCCGAAAGUUCUACCCGGUGCAGCAGCAGCAGCAGUAGCAGUAGCAACAGUAGCAGCAGUAGCAACAGCAGCAGCAGCAAAGAGUUAGCACGAGACACUGGUAGGCAGCUGCUCCGGAGCCUCAAGGAGGAACUGGGAGAAGAGUUCCCGGCCUUCUGCAGCCUCCUGAAGCAGAUCUCUGCCGUAGAGAGGCCGCAUCACCCGGCACAGCAGCAAAGAGGACCGCAUGACAGCAGCGGCACCAAGAGGGUAAGCACACUGGGAGCGGCUCGUCAGUAUAGAACCAUAAUGGAAGCCAUGUGCGAUGCCCUGCUUCUUCUUCCUCCCGUCGCUGCUGCUUCGGACCAGCAGUGGCAACAGCACGAGCAGCAGGAGAGGUGGCACGUGUUGCUAGGGGUGCUGCAGCGCCGCGCUGAAAUACUGCGGCGCAUAGCAGAGACGUAUAUAGGCCCUCCAUUUUCUGAUGCCCUUGGCCACUUGAUUGGUGAUAAAACAGAUGCCAUCCUCAGGCAAACUGCAGUGCCCCAACUUUCAGAGCAACGACAACAACGGCAGAAGCAGGAGCAGCAGGCGCAGGAGGCGUCACUCGGUGCCGCAGCGGAAGCUGAAGAAGGCACUGUCUUGCCGCUAGGAGACUCACUGCCAGCAGCAGCACCCGCAUCAAAUCGGCAGGACCAACAGCAAGAGCAACAAGUGCAGCACGAUCACAGACCGCAGCAGCCCGAAGAGAAACACGGCACGUUGGGGGUGUCGGCAUGUCGCAUCUGUGCCGGUGCAGGGCAGCUGCUGCGUUCUGUCAUCUGCGGCCAUACGGCAUGCAAGGAAUGCUGGGGGCCUACAUCGGCGACCGUCCUGCAGUGCCAUGUUUGCGGUCGCCUUGUGGCUCCUACUGCACCAAGCGAAGAAGGGGGUUUUUUGAUAGCUAAGUGGCGCCGUGAGGAGCAGACGGCGACGCCUCUCUUAGGGCUGCGAGCCGCCCACGGCCAAUUAGCCGGAGACCAGUGCCGCGUGUCUAUGUGCACUUGGCGUGCAACUAUGGCUGCUGCUAGUCAUGAGUUUCCCACGGUUAGUGCUCCUACUGAUGCGGCUACUUUCCGCUUGUCACUCCGUGCUGUGCGUCUACCGUGUGGUCAAACCAAAAGCACGCGCAGAGAAGAGUUCCCACUCAAGACAUCCGCAGCGGCAGCUGAUGGUGCAGCCAGCGCCUAG